ACUUUGACUUCGACUUACAACACCAUUAGUGAACAUCGCAGAAUUUUAAGUAAAUAAAAUAGAAUGGGUGACUCGGCCGCAGCCUCCCUCUUAGCCGAGAGUACGUCUUUGGCACAAAGCACACUGGAGCGCGCCACCCUCACUCGGCAGUCACGUUCCACUAACCACACCACGAGCACUGACAGAGAAGCAACCCCGAAACGGAGCGAGGCGAACCACGGGGAGAGCGGAUUCUUCUGGGGCCUCGUGGUGGUGCUGCUCAUCUUAGCGUCGGGGAACCUCCUCCUCACCUUCUUUGCUAUGGGGGUCCUUCGGCUCGGCUACGGCAUGGAGAGCAUUGAAAUCUUACCUGAUACAAGAGCAACGAAAUUCUAUGGCCGUGCAGAUCUGGGCAACGUGUAUAAGAAGGACGGCAUUAUAUAUGGCUAUGCUGAUGUUCCCUUCUCAAUCCAAGGGGAUAAUAGCAAGGUUUCACUUAGUCUGAGGACUUCUUCAGCACCUCCAUCUUUAGACGUUGGACCCGACGAAACUGAGAUUAAAAGUGUUGAAAGUUUUCAGGUAAUUGACCCAGAUUCCGGCAACACAGUCUUCUCCACCGACUACCCCAACUUCGGCCUCCCACAAGGCGUCAGAAAUCUAAACGUGGUGAGAAGCACAGCUGCGCGUGUCACAAGUCCUACCUCGUCUGACCUGAAGAUCCGUUCAGGCUCUACUAUUCGCCUGAAGGGCAAUGAAGGAAUGUCAUUCGAUGCCAAAAAACUCACAUGGUCUGCGGAUCAAGACAUUUAUCUGAAGAGCAUUAACGGGUCCAUCCUUCUGGACGCCGGAGCCGGAUAUAUGGUCGACGUCAACACUCUACCUCUGGCGGGCGACGUGGACGAUGAGAAUGGGCGUGGCCAGUACAAGCUGUGUAUGUGUAAGCCCCAAGGCCAGCUUUUCCGUGUCCCCGUGCCAGCCAAUAACAACAAGCGCACCUCUGCCAUUAACUGCGCUAGUUUUACUAAUCCUUGCACUGGAAUGCAUAUGUAGGUAGGAUAUGUGAGAGAUGUCUAUCACUCUUUCAUCAUUUACUUAAUGCUCUUUCUUUCUAUCUAUUCCUUUUCUCUUAUCUGCCCUCUCCUCUAUCCCUCUCCCUUUAUCUCCUCUCCUUUCUUACUUUCCUCUCUCCCUCCCUCCCCUUCUCUCCCUCUCCUUCACCCACCUUUUUUCCCUCUUUCUCUCCUUUCCAAUCUAGUAACUGGGCUUGCGAACCAUAUCAAAUCAAAUUCUUGAAAUUAUUAUCUAUAACCAAAACUGAUAAUUUUAUCAUAAGCCCCAUAUCAGUGAGAUGUAUUCCUAUCAUGGAGAAUUGAGAUAUAAAAAUGUUAUACUCUUGUCCUCUAAAUCUAGGUAUAAGUAUAAAAAAGUGAGAUUUUAAAAAAUAUGUAUGUUGUGCUGUAGAUUUAGUUUAUAUAUUCAUGUUGCGGAAAGAAGACAUAUUUCUAAACCAUAUCAAUUUAUUUAUUGGAAUCUUUAAUUUUUGAUAUCUUAAAAAAAUGUAACCCGAAUGCACAAAACUAAUUCUAUGAGGGUUAAAUACAUUAAUAAUUAUUGUACUACUACAUAAUCAAUAUUUUUUUUCAACUAGUCAUGGGAUUCUAGUCAAUGAUAAUCAGGGCUGUCCAAACUUUUGGUUGUAUAUACAUGUAUGGUUUAUAUAGAGAAAAAUAAGAUAAUAUCCACAGUUUAAGAGGAUAUGGCCAUGAUUAUAAUUCCAGUAUUUGCAGAAACAUUUUCAGUUAGAAGAUCUGUAUGUAUCAACUUGCAGGUCUUUUUUUUUUUGUUAUAGUAAAUAUGAAUUGGAUGUAAUGUAACAAAUGUACAAAGUUGAUUAGGUGUUGGAUGCAUGUUGGAGAGCCCUGAUUGUGUAAUUGUGCCUGUUUGCAAUCUUUACAAUCUGUUUAGAAUUAAGAUAAAUCAAACAAUGCUUUAUGUUAUUCACAGUGAACAUAUCAGACAAAAAAAACAAUGGUAUAUUUAAACUCAUUCUGUAUCAUAUA